GCCGUGGCCGGUUUACGCAACACGCAACAGACGAAUAAUCUGUCGGCUGGUCGGUUCUCGGUUCUCACAGGCGUUUUCUCUCGUGCGAGGAUUCUCAGCGAAAAGAAAUGUUGCGCGUCGUAGCGACACGCGUGGCCUCGGCGGCGCGCAGCGCGAUGGUGCCGCGGGGCUCGGCUGCCGUCGUCGGCACCCAGUGCACCAGGUCAGCCCACGGCGGUCCCAAGGAGACCGACGAGGAGUUCGAUCAGCGAUAUGUGAAUUUCUUCAACCGCAACGACAUCGAUCACUGGGAGAUCCGGAAGGCCAUGAACGAUCUGGCCGGUAUGGAUCUUGUGCCAGAGCCAACGGUUAUAUGCGCAGCGUUAAAAGCUUGCAGAAGGUUAAAUGACUAUGCGCUCGCUGUAAGGUUCCUAGAGUGUGUAAAAGAUAAAGGUGGACCACACGCCGACAAAAUCUAUCCCUACAUCAUUCAAGAAAUUAGGCCCACUUUGAACGAGCUGGGUAUUAGCACGCCUGAAGAGCUAGGAUACGACAAGCCAGAAUUAGCCUAUGAAUCGGUGUAUCAUAUGUAAUGAACGAAAAACUAUGCUGUAUAAAUUCUAGUAUUUAUAUAUUCUUAGCUGCUGCCUCGGAUGCAAACGUUAAGAGAACAAUUUGUCAGUAAAACUAAACUAUACACAUGUAUCUGCGUAGUCAGCAGCAUUGUUGAAUAAACAACCACAAUUAUAUUAACGUCUGUUGUUCAUGAAAAAUCAAAACAAUUUAUAAUACUUUACGUGAGACGCGCCAGAAUUUUAAUUAGAGAUUUAAUUACAAAGAUAUAAAAUUUAUAAGGAUUGUGGACAGAAUUGUAACCACCUUCGACACUUUUACCGAAGGAAAAAAAAACUGCAAUUUGUACUUAAAAUUAAAAUUGCUUGUCGGAUA